UCUCCUCUCUCAGUCCAGUCUUCACCUACAGACUGACUGCAGACAGCGGCAGGCUUUCUGCCUUUGUUCGCUAGCUUGGAAAGCACCAAGACAAGACAGAGCAUCCAUGCAGUAGCAGCACUUUUUUUUUGGAAAAUGAUCAUCUGUGCGAAUAAAAUGGAGUACCCCCUAAGAACCAAGUGCCAGCGAGUCCAGAAACAGGUGAUGGUGAAUGGUGAGAAGGAGCGAGUGUCGCUGCUGUUCAUGAAGGCUCUGAUCAGCACAGGGAGUGUGGAUGCCGUGUCCCAGCAGAUGGCCUCUCACCCUCAGUACUUGGAGAGCUUCCUGCGUACACAGCACUACAUCCUGCACAUGGACGGACCCCUGCCGCUGCCGUACCGCCAUUACAUUGCCAUUAUGGCUGCAGCACAACAUCACUGUAACUACCUGGUGUACCUGCACUCGGCUCAGUUUCUGAGGGUGGGUGGGGACCCUCUGUGGUUGCAGGGUUUGGAGGCAGCCCCCCCUCGCCUUCGUCUCCUUGACCACAUCAACAAAGUACUGGCCCACCAACCCUGGCUCACCGCCUGCUCGCACAUCCAGACGUUGCUGAAGUCGGGCGAGCAGUACUGGUCACUGGCUGAGCUGGUGCAGGCGGUGGUCAUCUUGGCCCACUGCCACUCCCUUUGCAGCUUUGUGUUUGGAUGCAACACAGACUCAGACUUGGUCCCUCUGUCCAAAUCUCCUAACGGUACCCCGCCAACCUUCUGCCCCUUUGAUGCUGCCAACGGCAACACCAAUGUGCCUCAGUCGCUCGUCCCUCCCUCCGAGCACAUAACACGACGACGGUCUCUGGACUCCAGCGGUGACAUAGUGUGUCUAAAGGAGAGGAUUCAGAAGUCCCAGGAGGAGCGUGAGAAGAGAGACGAGUGCCUACUGCAGACACAAACACUCCAGCAAACAGAUAUGGAAGAGGAGGAGGAGAUGAUUUGCUUCGCAGACCUGACGCGGUUCAUCACAGACCCUGACUUUUGCUAUCAGGAGUUUGCUCAUAGGGAGGAGGACCACUUUCAAGUAUUUAGAGUUCAGGACUACUCAUGGGAGGACCACGGCUUCUCCUUAGUUAACCGGUUGUAUUCGGACAUCGGGCACCUCUUGGACGACCGGUUCAGGAGCGUGACCACCCUCCCCUCGUUGCACAGCCCCGACCUGAAGAGGGCCAUCUGGAAUUACAUCCACUGUGUGUUAGGAAUACGGUAUGAUGAUUAUGAUUACGGAGAGGUGAACCAGUUGCUGGAGCGGGAUUUGAAGCUGUACAUCAAGGCUGUGGCCUGUUUUCCAGAUGCCACAAAAACUCCAAUGUGUCCUCUGAGUUGGGCUCCACUUAAAACUUCAGAACGAAUACACGUGAAUUUACUGAUCAUGGAGGCCCGCCUGCAGGCCGAGCUGCUAUACGCUCUGAGAGCCAUCACUCAGUACAUGAUUGCCUAAGUGCUCAGAGAGGCGCAAAGCAAAAACUAUCCAGCGGUACAGAGAGACCCAGAGACACGAGGAUAAAGACGUUUCAACAGCGGACGGUGCGGUGGGAAAAGAGUGGCACUUUGAAGGACACAGAGCUCUGUUGUUUUGUAGCUGUGCCUCACGAAUGUGCAUUUCUUUUUUUUUCUUUUCAGGUUUAAUGUAUUUAUACUAUAGUGUGCCGCCACCACCACCCCCCACGUCCUCGCCCCUUCUGCAGAUUCUCUCGUUUUGAAGUCCUCUUAUCGAACAUGUUGGCUAUCAGAGGUUAUGUGCAAUUAUAACUAGACUAGUUUUAGUUUUUAACUGUUGUUUUUAUGUUCCAGCUCAGUCUGUGGGAAACUGCUUGGUUGUAGCAGUGUGUUACAGUGAUCAAUACUCUCCUUUGUGGUUUGAUCAGUCUCUUUUUGUAUUAACUCUGCUUUCUCCAUGAAAAAGGACUUUUUGUUCAAGUUGAAUAAGUGUUUUUGGGAGAACAGGGCCUUUUUUUUGGUUUUUUUUUUUUUUUUAAGACUUUAUAUUUUUAUAAUUCAGUAUAGCUCAUUAGUACAUAUUGAGGUGCGCAGCGUGUGGGUCUGAAGCCUCUCUUCACUGUAGGAUGCAUAACGAAGAAUUUUAGACUUUCAGACUCUAAUUUAGUUCUGAACCCCAGAUUUCUGACUGAAGUGACUUAUAUUAAUUAUUCUAAGGAUCUUGAAGGUUAUUGAUGUUUGCUAAACACUCAAUUGACUCCUGAUGAUCAAUUUCAAAGUCAGUGAGCUGUUUGCUACGGUGAACGUUAAGCUGAGCCAUUUGCUAAAUGAUUGUUUUGUUUGUUGUACUGACGUGCUUUAGAAAUGAUCAAGUCAGAGACUGAAUUUCAGACCAAAGGUCAUUACAACUCAUUAAAACGCAGUGAAGCGAUGCAUUGGUUAGACAAAAAAUACCCAGAAGUAGCUCUGCACUGGUCACAAGUUUUAAGUUGGGUUCAGAUUUUUGCUCAAAGCUUUGUGUUAAAGCUUUUUUUGUAAGCUGAAUCAAAGCUGAUUAUCAAGUCAAAAAUCCUCGGUACAAUUUGCAGAGCAGAGCAACGUGCAAAGUAGUUGUUACAACUCUUGUAUCUCUUCUGUCUUUUUUAUUUUUACAGUUUUUGUAAACUCUUCAGUACUUUUCUGUGUUGUCUCGAGGUGUUAGGACCUGCUUGUUGUGCAGUAGCCUGGUUAGACAUAGCGGUGUGACCGACUGUUAUAGAUGUAGACUUAAGUAACUGUGGGAUGAAGAAAAGAAACAGUGCAUAUCGACAAAAGCACUGAUAACACAGGUGCCUUUAGGCUAAAACUGGAGAGCUGCUGAAGUGGAGGGUUGUGACUACUGGAGGCUGAAUUUGGGCUUUGGUUGCAGCCGGGAAGCACCCCCAGCUGUCAGCUGUGACUUUUUCCUGCAUGAAUGGGAACUGUUAUUUCUUGGUGUUGAUCAGCACCAUUUCUGAUAAAUAUUUCGGCCGUGAAUGCCUCUUUUCUCUUUUCUUUAUUUAUUUUUUUUUUUUCAUUUUCCCAUCAGACACCUUCUGUUCCACCUUCUUCAACUCGGCAAGAGCCUUUGACACAGAUGGAUGUUAAAAAUGUUCAACUUGAGCAGGUUAAAAUAUGGUCUGUUAUUUAAAAAAACAAAAUCUAAAAAAAAGAAAACAAAUGAAUAGACAAAAAAAUGUUUUUGAAAAUGUGAAGAAAUGUUUUCUAUAAAGAUGCUAUAUUAAAAUAACUGCCGUCUGCUGUUU